AUGGCCCUGCCAGUGCUGGCUCUGACAUUCCUCCUGACCCUUGCUCCUCUGCUGCUUGCACAGGGACAGACACACCACGGUCCUGUGACUCCGCGGGAAGCAGAAACAUGCCAAAAACCUCACUGGGACUCCAGACUCCAGCUGGCACCAGACCAGGAGAGUUACAAGAAGAAUGAAGAAGUGAUGCUGAGCUGUCCCCAGGGUUUCCAGCCACCCUUCACCCACGUCAAAUGUACAGGAAAAGUUCUGUCUGUUGUCAAUGGAAAACCUUUGCACAGAGAAGCUUGGAGUGGAAAGGACAGCAGAGGCAGUUGGAUCAACAUUCAGCCCAACCCAGGCAGGGUACAGUGCUUUGACAUCCUCCAGGUUGUCCCUGAGACCCUGGAGGUUUCCAGCACCAGCAUCAAACUGAACUGGACCUGCCUGCUCCCUAACAUGUGCCAGCAUAUUCGGGCCAGGUGCCGGCUGGAGCGGCGUUCCUCCUCUAACUGUGAGGCUGAGGAGGUGAAGGGAGAGGAGAUACUACAAGGCCAGGAGGGAACUUUCAUCUGCUCCCCUCUACAGCCCUUCACUGUCUACAGUGUCACCAUCUCCCUGCUGCCUAGCACAAUCUUGUACACACGGCUCCUCAGAACGAAGGAAAUAGUGCCAGACAAACUGGAGAAGCUGUGGCUGGAUCCCAGCACAGGGUCCCUCAGGUGGACGGCGCUGCCCUCCUGCAAAGGGGAGAUCAUUGGAUACCAGCUGAACAUCACCACCAUGAGAGCAGCGGAUGGCAGCUUCCUCGAAUUCAGCCAGGUGUUGGUGAACCAGUCUGUCUCUGAGUAUGUGCCUCCUCAUCAGACAGCUGGCAGCAAGUACCUGGUGACUGUUCAGGGUCUGACGGCAGCUGGGGCUGGGGCUGCAGCACAGCUGGAAUUCCAAACCUACGCCCUGGUUUCAGGGCAGGUUCUGGACCCUUGGAGAUCUGUCAUUGUAGUGGUGGUGGUGGUGGUGCUGUUGAUCCCCUUGUCUGCUGGGAUCCUCUGGUUUGUGUUCUGCAGGUGA